AUGUCUCCCUUCGCCUUCUUGCUCUUCUGCAUUCAAGCUUGCUUGAUCCAGAAUGUAUACAGCGAGUGCCUCGGAAUCGCUGGCCCCGCAUACGGAGGCACCGGUGUCGGUGACAUUGCAGUCGCCGGCGAGAUGGGAGUUGCCGGUACCACUGUCGUUGCUGGACAGGUCCCAAUUUUGGGCGCUGUCAGAUUUGGCGGUGACGUACCUGCUGGUGGCGUCGUCUCCAUCGCUGGAAAUUGCGCUGGUGGAUGCGGCUGCAACGGCGCUUACAACGCCGGUUACCUGUACUAA